GCGGGCUCCUGGUCCACGUAGGGAGGCUGGAUUUUUCGGUGCUAUGGCGAGGGCGGUCCCGGCAUCCCCCUUUGAGAGUCCUCGAGAGUCGCCCCCUGAGGACCGUGACGAACGUGGGGACAGUAACUCGACAGGGAGUGGCGGCAGCGGCUCAUGCUCUGCGUCUCUUUCUGGGAGCUCGGAUGACUUUGAGCCUGAAUGGCUGGAGAGUGUACAGAAAAAUGGAGAAUUGUUCUAUUUAGAACUAAGCGAAGAUGAAGAAGAAGUUAUCUUUCAAGACAGUUCUCUAGAUGUGCCUGUGGUGAACCAUGUCAGGUUUUGUGAAAAUGAACCUGAGAUUAUACAUGGCAGAUCACGAAAACAAAAUGAACACAGAUUAGAAAAACUCACUAAAAUAUUAAAAAAUAAAAAUAUUGUAUCAAAACAGUCCAUAAAGAAGAAAGCAACUGGUAAAUGUGAUGUGCAUGCCUCUGGUCCAGCAUCCAUAUUGAAAAACCGUUCUAGUCAGAAGAUGGGAGUAGUAGUCCAACAACGGUACAAAGAUGUCUGUGUUUACAUAAAUCCAAAGAGGCAAUCAAAUGCUGAGACAGGAGAGCAGCUCAAGCUUCUCGAGUCAUUAAUAGGAAUUGCCCACCAAUCUCCAUGGCGAAAAGCUGAAAAACACAGGCACAGUAUUGAGUCCAGAAGUGCUGAAGAAGAGAAAAUUGUUGUGCAUGGCUUGAUUCCAGGCAGCUCAGCAAUAAGGUCCGGUGAAAUUUUGAUUGGAGACAUUCUUCUCGCAGUAAAUGAUGUCGAUGUCAACCCUGAAAAUAUAGAGAGAGUUUUAUCUUGCAUUCCAGGUCCUAUGCAGGUGAAACUUACAUUUGAAACAUCAGUCUUUGAGCUGGAGGGAACAUCCCAGCGAAGGUGUAAGCCAACACAAUCCUCUAUGAAUAACCUGCUCAAAUUGCUAUGGAAAGACCAUAACAAUGACCCACAGUUCUCUAUCCAAAGUAUACCUCAUAUUAUUAUGUACCUCUCACUGAAAUUGGAUUCUGAUACCUCUAAGGAUGAGCAAGAAAUCCUUUACCAAUACCCCAUAUCAGAAGCUUCCCAAAAAAUGAAAAGUGUAAGAGGAAUAUUUCUGACACUGUGUGACAUACUGGAAAAUGUGACAGGAGCUCGUAUCAUCAGUUCAUCUAUGUUUCUGUAUGAGAAGUUAAUUCAUGUGGCUUACUGGAAGGAAUCUGACAAGCUCCUUGUAAUUGGUCUGCCAGCUGAAAGUGUACCUCUAUCUCAGCUAAGGAACAUGACUGCAGAUGUUGUCCGAACAUUAAUAUUCAUGUACGGUUCUCUAGACAGUGCUUUUUGUCAGAUAGAAAAUGUUUCCCAGAUGGAUCACUUCUUCUGCCUGUUCUUCCAGCAAGCGCUUCAACCUGCCAGGCUUCACUCAAAUGUCAACCCUGGUUCCCCUCACUAUGAUGCAUGCAGUGCAUUAUUUUUUUACAACUUUCCUGGAGUACGUUGGCUGUCGCUGCCACAAGAAAUCAAGAUGGAAAUUGAUACAGCUCUGAGUGACUUGGAGGCAGCAGACUUUGCAGAAUUGUCUGAAGACUACUAUAACAUGAGACGGCUGUACACCAUUUUGGGCUCAUGCCUCUUCUAUAAGGGCUAUUUGAUCAGUAAUCACUUGCCAAAGGAGGACCUUACUGAUAUUGCUUUAUAUAGCAGGCAUUAUUGCCUCUUACCCUUGGCAGCAGAGCAACGAAUUGGCCAGUUAGUAAUAUGGAGAGAAGUGUUUCCUCAGCAUCAUCUUCAGUCAUGUAAAACUUCAUAUGACGGAUACAGAGAACCCAAAGCAAGAUACUUUUUGCUCAUGGUUGGCUUGAAGCACUUUGUGCUGAGUGUCUUGUUGGAAGCAGGAGGCUGUUCUUCUAAAGCUAUUGGAAAUCCAGGGCCCGAUUGCAUCUAUGUGGAUCAAGUGAAAGCAACAAUCCUUCAACUGGACGGAAUAGAUCUCAGCAUAGAUGAGAGAUUAGAAUCGCCUUCUGCUCCACUGGUGUCCUGCGUGGACUGGUUCCUCCCCUCAUCACGUGACAGUCUAGCCGCCUUACCUCUCUUCAGCAAACUGCAAAAUACUUCAAAUUCUAGGAUUUCGCCAGCAAGCAAAAAAAUGGUUUUUGGUGAUUCUACCUUAAGAACACAUAAAACUAGUCCCUUAUGGGGUAGUGGAAGGUCUGACAAUGUUGAUGAUAAUCCUGAAGGAGGAAGAGGGAAUGUUAAUCCGUAUGCUGCUCAGUCAAAAAGUCCAGGUGGAUUUGACAGAAGCAGUAGUCUUUUUAAGAUCACCAAAAAGAAAAAUAUUCUUCCAGGUCCAUUUAAUUUAGGAAGCCUGAAAAAGAACCCGUCAGAUAUGGAAUCCGAAUUAUACAAUGUUAUGAAGUUGACCUCUGGUCCUGAGAAUACCCUGUUCCACUAUAUUUCUCUAGAAACCAUGCAUGGAAUUUUUAUCACUCCAACACAUACCGAAGUAGCACAGCUCAGUGGAACUAUCCAUCCCCAGUUAAUCAAGAACUUCCAUCGCUGUUGUCUUUCCAUCCGUUCCAUUUUUCAGCAGACCAUGCUGAGAGAAAAUAAAAAGACUGCAAGCAUUAGAAGUUUGGAAUCCAAAAAAGCAAAUUCUGGACUACAUCAAGUAAGAGAACAUGGAGUAUUGUUUGAAUGUUCACCUGACACGUGGAUUGACCAAAAGAAACCACCACCACCGAUAAUGUACUGGGUUGUAGGGAGACUCUUCCUAGAUCCAAAGCCACGGGAGUUUUAUGUCUGUUUUCAUGACUCAGUUGCAGAGGUUGCUGUUGAGCUGGCUUUUAAACUAUCCUUUGGCUUAGCUCUGUAAUAGUUUUUAUCUAUACAGCUGUCAUAAGCAGUGCACAGAUAGAAGUUAAAUUAUGGAAGUUUGCUGGGUGCUUGCUUUUUGAAGAGCUUCUCUGAAAUAGCUUCCUUGAUGGAAAAUCUUUUCAGAUGUUCACACUGACACUUGGAUAUCAUCAACAGUCUUCUCAAAAUACUUUUUAAAAAUUUAAGUGAAAGUUAUUUAUCUUGAAUUGUAUCUUAACUACAAAAUGACAAAAUUUUACACAUGAGGGUUGAUUUCAAGAAUAGUGGAUAUUGGUUACCCAUAUGCAUUCCUGUAUAUGUUUUCAAAUUUCCCUCUUGGGAAGUGCCCUUGAGAUCUUGCAAGUUUAAACUUUCUGCCAAGUUCAAAAAGAAGUUUGAGGACUGACCAUCACAGAAAACCCAACUGUAAAAUUUCCUGGACUUCAAUCAAGGAAGUAUAUUGUAAGACUGAAUAGAUUAUGUUGUGUACAAGGCACUCUGACGUAUUGGAAUUCUGGCAAUACAGUUCAGGGGGAAGCACUCUGACUUAACAGAGUGAAAAGGGGGGGAAACUACCUUGCAUUAAAGAGUUAUUCUACUAUUGGUAAUAACAAAAAAGAUAUUGUGUAUAAUGAAAUAAAUAAAUGUUGUUAGAAAGUAAAAUUGAUCUUUUUCAAAUGCUGUGUGGUAUACAAGCAUGGGGAUGUUUAUCAAUUUGAUUCUGAAAA